AUGGAGCAGCUAGAUUGUACAUAUGCGAAGAAUCAGCUGUCCCUUGACCGGCUCAAGACCGCCUAUGACCAGAAGCUUCGUUACUCGAUGCUCCACAUUCCUCCCGAGCUAGGAAGGAAGCCCCCCGACUCCCUGCGUCGUACGGCGAGUGUGGGAGUAAUCUACUGCUUGAUUGCGGAUCCUGAAAAGGAGAACCGAGGUGUAGAUUCUCAGCGGAUCGGUGGGGACUUUAUGCAAAUCUGUUUCAGUAUCUCUAGCGGAGAUGUCACCGAACUACCCAAGAGUCUCGGAGAAGCAAAGUCGUGGACUCGAAGUUUGAUCAUUAAAGCACUCAUCCCUGAGGGAUUUUUCGCAAUGUUGGAUAUGUUGGAGGAGGUACAAGAUAGUAAGACAUGUAGCCAAAUUGCUGCUAGGGACAGUGUCAUGAGGGCCAAUCCUUUCCAUGGGCACGGAUGCUCGAAAGCUACGUAUGGCGCUAUAUGCCUGAACAAGCCGCCGCAAAAAGUAGAAUCGUCGAUACUUAAGGAUUUUUCGCCAAGGCACUUUCGAAUGCACGCAGCCAAGAUUGAGCCGCUUUGGAGUACAACGAAAGUCGCCGACUACGCAUUCGCGUCAACAGUGCCCAUUCCGGGUGAGACGUUCUCAGAAGGUUCAUGGCUUCGUUGGACGCUCAAGCAAGUUCGGCCAUAUGGCACUUUCGGUGCUCCUUGCACCGUCGAUUGA